GUCUUGACCAUAAAACAUCGAGGGUCUCCUGCAAUCUGUAAAGAGUUUUGACCAUUCACAUCGUUCCAGCCAACCAAGUCCCAAUCCAACAAAUAACAUCCCACAAACAUAUCACCAUGUCAAAGCCACACUCCAAGACUGUCCGCGGAACCCUUGAUAACCCCAAGACGCAAGCUGCCAUCAAGUCGGGCAGCAACCCACCCCAGCUAGGAGACCAUGUCUCGCUGAAGCCUGAGACCGACAACCCACCCACGCUAGAGAACCAAAAAACCGCUUCGUCACUGGUCUCAAACUCCUCGUCAGACACGAAUGACAACGAACUUCCACAUUCUAAGAAGGUGAGGGGAACAUUGGCGAAUGCGGAUGGAAAGCAAGUCAACGACACCCAAUUGGGCGACCCAGCGAGCUUGAAGGCGGAGACGAGUAAGACUGAUUUGGGAAAGCAAACGGAGAGGGAGGGCAUGGAGAAGAGCAAGCUCUGAACGUGCACAUAGGGGGCGGAUAUAACAAUAAGUUUUUU